AUGGAUGAGGUGCUGGGAGGGUUGGGGGCUGAGGCUGGCAGGGAUGAGGUGCUGGGAGGAUUGGAGGCUGAGGCUGGCAGGGAUGAGGUGCUGGGAGGGUUGGAGGCUGGCAGGGAUGAGGUGCUGGGAGGAUUGGAGGCUGGCAGGGAUGAGGUGCUGGGAGGAUUGGAGGCUGGCAGGGAUGAGGUGCUGGGAGGAUUGGAGGCUGAGGCUGGGAGGGAUGAGGUGCUGGGAGGGUUGGAGGCUGAGGCUGGGAGGGAUGAGGUGCUGGGAGGGUUGGAGGCUGAGGCUGGGAUGAGUUGCUGGGAGGGUUGGAGGCUGGCAGGGAUGAGGUGCUGGGAGGAUUGGAGGCUGAGGCUGGCAGGGAUGAGGUGCUGGGAGGAUUGGAGGCUGAGGCUGGCAGGGAUGAGCACGGCCGACCGAGCACCUGACCUGCCAGUCCACAUGGACACCACCUCCACCCACAUGCAACAAGGCAUCCUGGCUAACGACAGUCUCAGCCUCCACCUCGACCGGCCGGGGUUCCACUCUGACAUCACCAAGCAUGUAGGAGUCCAGGGUGCUUUGAUCACAGCGUACAGUCUGAUCAUCCUACUGGGUCUAGUAGGCAACGCCCUUGUCAUCUACAUGAUCAUCCGCUUCCGGAACAUGAGGACGGUCACUAACUUCUUCAUAGCUAACCUGGCGCUGGCCGACCUGUUGGUGGAUACGUUGUGUUUACCGUUCACACUGGUUUAUACCUUGCUCGACGAGUGGAAGUUCGGCGCGGUGCUGUGUCACAUGGUCCCGUUCGCCCAGGCGCUGAGCGUGCACGUAUCGAUCCUGACGCUGACCGUCAUCGCUCUGGAGCGCUACAGGUGUAUCGUGUUCCACCUGGGCCAGCGCCUCACCUGGCGAAGCAGCCUGCUCAUCGUGGCUCUCACCUGGACGCUGUCCGCCGUGCUGGCCGGCCCGCUCGCCAUCUUCAGAGAGUACCGUCAGGAGGAGAUCCCGUCCAUCAACCUGAGGAUCUCAGUCUGCUACGAGAAGUGGCCUUACGGCAGCAGCAGAGACGGAGUCAUUUACAGCCUGUCUAUGUUUCUGCUGCAGUAUGUGCUGCCACUGUCCAUCAUCAGUUAUGCCUACAUCUGCAUCUGGGUGAAGCUGAAGAACCACGUGAGUCCAGCGAGCCGCAUCGACGCCAUCCAGCGCAGGAAGAAGACCACCAAGAUGCUGGUUAUGGUGGUUGUAGUCUUCGCCACAUGCUGGCUACCCUUCCACGUGUUUCAACUAGCCAGUGACCUAGACCUGGUCCUCAGCUUAAGACAAUACAAGCUCAUCUAUACUCUCUUCCACAUGGUAGCCAUGUGCUCCACCUUCGCUAACCCGCUCCUGUACGGCUGGAUGAAUAAGAACUACAGGAAUGGGUUCGUCAUGGUGUUCAGGUGUGAGGCUAAACCAGACAGUAUUCACCCUGAGGGAUCCUUCAGGACCCGGUCACUAAGGAGGAUGUCUCUGAAUGGAGGACACCCUCCUACGGCCGUCUGA